AUUAUCAUAAAUGCUUUAUUUCCGCGCCCAAACCCCAAAAAAUAAAAAUCUAGGGUUUCAAGAUUUUUCAAAACAAUGAGAAGAACUGUUUCAACUGUUACGGAGAAGAAAUCUUCCAACUUCGAAAGUGUUCAAGAAGGUGGUGGUGAUGGUGGUGGUGUUGGAGUUUCUGAAAAGAUCAGACACGACGGAGGUCGAGAUCUAAGCCAUACGAUUAAAGGAGAAACUUCAGUUGAUAGAGAAACAAAUGUGAAGAAAACUACUCAGGUGAUUUCUCCUCUUCCUCGGCGUAAAAAGAUUGUUUCCAAAUCAUCUGACAAACCCUUAUGGAAGCGAAUCGUCAGUAUUUUCAUCAAGAAUCUUGUACUUAUUCUUGUAAUUUUAGGGCUUUUCAAGAUGGUUAGAAAUUUAGCUGUGAAAUCUGGUGUUGGUAGUGUUGUUUCUUCGGAGAUUGAAGGUCGAAUUGCAGAGGUGGAGUCGUUUUUGAAAACGACUACCAAGAUGAUGCAAGUUCAGGUUGAAAUCAUGGAUAGGAAGAUUGGGAGUGAAGUUGGGGGGUUGAGGAGAGAAAUUGUGAAGAAGAUUGAUGAGAAAAGUUUUGAGUAUGAGGCUGAGUUGAAGAAAUUGAGAGGUAAGACUGAUGCAUUGGGAAAAACUUUUGGUGAAUUGAAGGGUAGUGGGAUUUUAUCUAAGGAAGAUCUUGAUAAAUUUUUGGAUGAGUUUAAGAAGGGGACUAGUAAUGGUGGUGUUGGAAGUGAAAAUGAAUGGAGUUUGGAUGAUAUUAGGGGUUUCGCCAAGGAGAUUGUUGACAGGGAGAUUGAGAAACAUGCAUCAGAUGGACUUGGAAUGGUUGAUUAUGCAUUAGCUUCUGGGGGAGGUUUGGUACUUGAUCAUUCUGAAUGGUUUCAGGUUACUAAGGGUCGGAGCUGGCUUCCUUUCAAGAAACACUAUGGAGUUCAUCCAGAUGCACAAAGAGUAUUGGAACCAAGUUUUGGGGAGCCUGGUAAAUGCUUUCCUCUCCAAGGAUCUCAAGGGUAUGUGGUAAUUAUGCUCAGGACAGCUAUAAUUCCAGAGGCUGUGACUGUUGAACAUGUUUCUAAGAGUGUAGCAUAUGAUAGAUCGAGUGCUCCAAAGGACUUUCGGGUUUCUGGCUGGUAUCAAAAGAUUGAGACUAUUACUGGUGCUGGUACUGGUGUAUCUAGGUUGGGUGAGAAGAAGAUGUUUAGGUUGGCUGAGUUUGUGUAUGAUCUUGACAGAAGUAAUGCUCAAACCUUCAAUGUGGAGUCAGGAGAAAAGCGGAUUGUUAAUAUGGUUAGAUUUGACUUUGCUUCUAACCAUGGAGCCCCUCACACAUGCAUAUAUCGCCUGAGGGUUCACGGCCAUGAACCUGACUCGAUAGCUAUUUCUGAAUCUGAGUUAUAACGCAUGACUCUUCACUCAUCCCCCACACUUGUGUAUGACUUUGCGUCAGGGAUAGCAGUACUAUUGUUGAGAUCGGCAGGGAUGACAUACAACUUUGUAAUUGUUUGAAAAAAAUCUUACAAUCUGAAGCCAUUAGCCGUAAGAAAGCUCACUUCACUGUUUCCAAAAGGGCUGAAGGAAAAAUACGAAAUUCAAGUAAUCUCUCUCCUCUUUAAGUUUUUGUUUUGCAUCUAGGUUAUUUGCUGGUAUCUAGAAUUGAUUCAUUCUUAGGGUCUUCAAUGAUGUCUGUUGAAUUGGACGCGGUUUAAUUUCUUUCCAAUUUUCUACUGUUCGUUGCUGAAUUAAACGGACUUUUCUUAGGAAAGAUGAUAAUAUGCAUACUGUCCGAUGAUUGACAACUGACAUAGUUGCACGUAGAUCCGUGGAAUUUAAAGUGAUGCCACGUUGUAUGGUAGAUACUUCGGAAACGUUUAGUGUGAAAUAGAUGGAGAGAUGUAGUAAUGAUGUCUGUAUAAGUCAUACGAGAUGAAUCCUUGAUUGUACUGUGGAUAUUCGGCAUUGCUUGGUGAGUAUUAGCAUCUGGUGAUUUUGUAGGUGCUUUAAAUCAGAUAAUAGUGUACAUCAGAAAGACGGGUAUUAUGUUUACGUUUAUUUGCAUAUAUUAUUAAUUGGUUAGUGAGGUUUGGCGUCACACCUUGGUCGUUGUUUUGUCAGUGAUUUACGAUAUACGAGUAAUUCAUAGAUGGGUUGGUAAGUUAGUGUCGACACCUUGGCAUGAUCCCCUAAGUGGUCUCGGUGUCACAUCUGAAGAGCAUACAACCUUGAUUUUGCUGCUUAUUCUAAUAUGUCAGUAUACUAUUUGAGUGUUGAUAUUUGGUUUCUACUGAAUUUGCAAGUUGUGCCAUCAACUACGUUAGUAGGGAACACAGACGCGUGGCAAUUGAUUAUCUGUAGGUAAAGCUCUUAUGAUAUGCCUCUUUGGACUAUUGUGAAUUUCAAGUGACCAAGCAGCUAAAACAUAGAGGUGGUUAAGGUUUUAUGAUGGUGUUAAGAGGAAUAAUAGGUCAUCUGGUUGGAGAGUUAAACUAUGGUUUGUUUUCUAGGGAUCAUAAAAUGUUACUUCUGAUAACUCCUUCAGGAAUGAAAGCCGAAGGUGAAGACAUACUGAUUUUUGUGCUUAUAAAAAGGAGUCCAUCUGUUGGAGUCAGCUUCAGUCAUAUAUGUUGGUCGCAGUGAGCUAAUGAAAUGAUCUCAUUUCACUGUUUGCUUCCUUCCAGUGAAUUGUGUUAUCUCUUAGACUUAGUAUCCUACCUGCCAUGUCAUGGUGCAUGUGCUGUUCUGACUGCACAAUUAGAUAUAUGAUGCAUACUUACUUACAACGACACUUCUGCUAUGUGCAUUUGUUAUGAAUUUGGUACUAGACUAGUACUAGUCCUCCAUUUGGUUUUACUUUUGCAGAGAUUUUUUUUUUGAUUGGUUUUAUCGGCAGAAAAAAGCCUUUUUCAUUGUUUCUACAGUCACUUUUAUUGGACCUGGUAACUUGUGUGGAGUGUGAACUCUAAUGAUGCCUAAGUGUUUGGCCCAUUUCACGCUCUGUGAUUGUUUUCUGAAAUUUCACUUGCGAUUUAAAUGCGUUUACCGUGAGUGGGUUCUGUAUUUUUCAAGUAUUAGACUGUUUCUAAAGUAUUGCAGUGUUGUAUUUGUUCAUUAAUAAGUUAAAUGAAGGCUGUGAAAGUAGCUUUUGUUCGUGAGAAGUCUGGUUAUUAAGAUCGAAAUUACCAAGUUCUUAUGGCUUUGGAUAUUGUAUUAAACAAGUCAGUUAGAUUUAUUGCACUGCACGGUGAUAAUAUUGCUGGCAUGGUAUUUUUGCGGUACUAGUACUUAGAAUUGGAUUAGAGGAGCUGGUAACUUGAGUAAUGCUGAGUGUCUGAGAAGAAAUCUCCCUUCUACUCUAAUUCCAAACCUCUAUUCCAAACCCUGACUCCAUCUCUAGGUAACCUACCCUAGAAUCCCAGACCACAUUUAGAUUAUGAUGCCAUUUCAAAUCCACAAAACAA